AUGGCGGAAAUAUGGGCGGAUCAGCCUUUCAAGCUAAUACCAACUAUGGUGAUGAGGGACGUGAAGGUCAACCCGACUCAUCACCAUGAGUGUGAAGAAGAAAUCCUAUUCCCCGGCUUCGAGCGCGAGUCUGGUGUUGAGGGAAUGAUGGCUGCCAACGUCGUGCAGCACCACGAGUUCGCUCCAAGCCUCGACAUCUGGGGCUCAUCGACGGGUUUUGCGCCGGAACUGACGCUGCACUUGGCAUAUGAAAUCCCAACACUGCCCUCGUUGGACAAGUAUGACGGGAAGAAAAUGCACACGGUCUAUAUGGAGUUCCAGAACGACGAGCUAUAUCCGCUCGUCGUUGGAUCGCUCGACGGGGGGCUUAAAGGAGGCGAAAAAUCCCCUCCAGUGCCGCAAUUCGUGAUAUAUCUAGUUGCUUUCUGGCUAUCCAGAAAGUAUCGGUCGGUCUGGAGGUUUAACCCUUGCGAUUUCUUCGGAAAGAAACGACCGCUCUUCUUUGGUCCGACUGUGGAGGAUCAAUGA